CGGGCGGGCGGGGAGGGGCCGGGGCUGAGCCCCGCUCGCUCGGCUCCGCUCCGCCGGCUCCUCGGCAGGACAGCGUCCGCCCGCGGCUCGGGGCGGGAGGCGGCGGGACGGCGGGCAGCGCCCUUCGGAGGCAGAGGACAAAAUGGCCAAAAUGGAGGUCAAGACAUCACUUUUAGAUGACAUGAUAGGGGUGGGAGAUAUGGUUCUUUUAGAGCCACUUAAUGAAGAUUCCUUCAUCAACAACCUGAAGAAGCGCUUUGAUCACAAUGAAGUUUAUACGUACAUUGGCAGCGUAGUGAUAUCAAUAAACCCCUACAGAUCUCUACCCAUUUAUACUCCAGAGAAAGUGGAAGAAUACAGAAACAGGAACUUUUAUGAACUCAGUCCUCACAUCUUUGCUCUGUCUGAUGAAGCUUACAGGUCUUUAAGGGACCAGGACAAAGACCAAUGCAUCCUUAUUACAGGAGAGAGUGGAGCUGGGAAAACAGAGGCAAGCAAACUUGUCAUGUCAUAUGUAGCUGCUGUGUGUGGAAAAGGGGCAGAGGUUAAUCAAGUAAAAGAACAACUUUUGCAAUCAAAUCCAGUCCUUGAAGCUUUUGGAAAUGCCAAAACUGUGCGGAAUGACAACUCCUCUAGAUUCGGAAAAUACAUGGAUAUUGAGUUUGAUUUCAAGGGUGACCCGCUUGGGGGAGUAAUAAGCAACUAUCUGCUAGAGAAGUCUCGUGUUGUUAAGCAGCCAAGAGGUGAAAGAAACUUCCACAUUUUCUAUCAGAUCCUGUCUGGUGCAUCGGAAGAGUUUCUCUGCAAACUCAAGCUGGAGAGGGACUUCAGCAGAUACAACUACCUGGGCCUUGAUUCUGCCAGAGUGAAUGGAGUGGAUGAUGCUUCAAACUUCAGAACAGUCAGGAAUGCAAUGCAGAUUGUUGGGUUUAUGGAUCAUGAAACACAGUCGGUUUUUGAAGUAGUGGCAGCCGUUCUGAAAUUGGGAAAUAUCGAAUUUAAGCCUGAAUCUCGUGCAAAUGGCCUAGAUGAAAGUAAAAUCAAAGAUAAAAACGAACUCAAGGAAAUCUGCGAGUUGACAGGUAUAGACCAGUCUGUAUUGGAGAGAGCUUUCAGCUUCAGGACGGUGGAGGCCAAACAAGAGAAAGUUUCAACAACACUAAAUGUGGCUCAGGCUUAUUAUGCUCGUGAUGCUCUGGCUAAGAAUUUAUACAGUCGCCUGUUCUCCUGGCUUGUUACCAGGAUCAAUGAGAGCAUUAAGGCACAAACAAAAGUGAGAAAGAAGGUAAUGGGGGUGCUGGACAUCUAUGGCUUUGAAAUUUUUGAGGACAACAGCUUUGAGCAAUUCAUUAUCAACUAUUGUAAUGAGAAGUUGCAGCAGAUCUUCAUUGAACUUACCCUCAAAGAAGAGCAGGAGGAAUACAUCCGAGAGGGGAUUGAAUGGACUCAUAUCGAAUAUUUCAACAAUGCUAUCAUUUGUGACCUAAUAGAAAAUAACCAAACUGGAAUCUUGGCCAUGCUGGAUGAAGAAUGCCUGAGACCAGGAACUGUUACUGAUGACACCUUUUUAGAAAAGCUGAACCAGGUCUGUGCCACUCACCAGCACUUUGAGAGCAGGCUGAGCAAGUGCUCCCGGUUCCUCAACGACACCUCCCUGCCUCACAGCUGCUUCAGGAUCCAGCACUACGCUGGCAAGGUGAUGUACCAGGUGGAAGGAUUUGUUGACAAAAAUAAUGAUCUUCUGUACCGUGACCUCUCCCAGGCCAUGUGGAAGGCCAACCACUCCCUUAUCAAAGCAUUGUUCCCAGAAGGAAACCCUGCUAAGAUCAAUCUGAAGAGACCACCGACGGCAGGUUCACAGUUCAAGGCUUCAGUUGCUACCCUGAUGAAAAAUCUCCAGACAAAAAAUCCAAACUACAUCAGGUGCAUCAAGCCCAAUGACAAAAAGGCUGCACACAUUUUCAACGAAGCCCUGGUGUGCCACCAGAUCCGGUACCUGGGGCUCCUGGAGAACGUGCGGGUCCGCAGGGCGGGCUACGCCUUCCGGCAGCCCUACGAGCCCUGCCUGGAGAGGUACAAGAUGCUCUGCAAGCAGACAUGGCCCCACUGGAGAGGGCCAGCCAGGGCUGGAGUAGAGGUGCUGUUUAACGAAUUGGAAAUCCCUGAAGAGGAAUUUUCCUUCGGUAGAUCAAAGAUUUUCAUCCGCAACCCAAGGACACUCUUCAAACUAGAAGACCUGAGGAAGCAGCGUCUGGAGGACUUGGCUACUCUGAUUGAAAAGAUUUACAGAGGCUGGAAGUGUCGUACUCGCUUCUUGCUAAUGAAAAAAUGCCAGAUUGUGAUCGCUUCCUGGUACAGGAGAUAUGCACAACAAAAGAAAUACCAGAAGAUAAAGAGUUCGGCUGUUACAGUUCAGUCAUACAUCAGAGGGUGGAAGGCUCGGAAACUUCUUCGGGAGCUGAAGCACCUGAAGCGCUGUAAUGAGGCUGCCACAGUGAUUGCUGCUUACUGGCACGGUACCCAGGCUCGGAGGGAGUUGAAACGCUUGAAGGAGGAGGCUAGGCGUAAGCAUGCUGUGGCAGUCAUUUGGGCUUUCUGGCUUGGACUGAAGGUCCGUAGAGAAUACAGGAAAUUCUUCAGAGCCAAUGCUGGAAGAAAAAUUUAUGAAUUUACCCUUCAGAGACUUAUGCAAAAAUACUUCUUGGAAAUGAAGAAUAAGAUGCCUUCUUUAUCACCAAUAGAUAAGAACUGGCCAGCGAGGCCUUACCUUUUUUUGGAUUCAACUCACAAGGAACUAAAGAGGAUUUUCCAUUUGUGGAGGUGUAAAAAGUACAGAGAUCAGUUCACAGAUCAGCAGAAGCUUAUAUAUGAAGAAAAACUGGAAGCAAGUGAACUUUUCAAGGACAAGAAGGCUUUAUAUCCAGCCAGUGUUGGGCAGCCAUUCCAAGGGGCUUACUUGGAGAUCAGCGAGAACCCCAAGUACAAAAAACUCAAAGAUGCCGUGGAUGAAAAGAUCAUUAUUGCAGAAGUUGUGAAUAAGAUCAAUAGAGCCAACGGGAAGGCUGCAUCCAGGAUUUUCCUGUUAACCAAAAAUAACGUUCUUCUUGCGGAUCAGAAAUCUGGGACUAUCAAGUCAGAGGUUCCACUGGGAGAUGUUACCAAAGUAUCUAUGAGCUCCCAAAAUGAUGGAUUCUUUGCAGUGCACCUCAAGGAGGGUUCAGAAGCCGCCAGUAAAGGAGAUUUCCUGCUCAGCAGCGAUCACCUUAUUGAAAUGGCCACUAAACUUUACCGCACUACUCUCAGCCAAACCAAACAGAAGCUCAACAUUGAGAUAUCUGAUGAGUUCCUGGUCCAGUUCAAACAAGACAAAGUGUGUGUGAAGUUCAUACAAGGCAGCCAGAAAAACGGCAACAUCCCAACUUGCAAGCGAAAAAACAAUCGGCUUCUCGAAGUGGCUGUCCCUUAACUGCAGCUGGUGACUCUCCCCUCUAUGGACUUGUUUCUUUGUAAUAGUGCAAUUUUAGUGGUUUGGUUUUGCUAUUUUUAUCCCUUUCUGGAGCUGUUGAUGGCUAAUAGCUUUAGAAACCUUUGGCAAAACAUUUGAUCAAUCGACUUUGAAGUCUUUUUGCUCAUGCCAGUUUUCACCCUCAAAACGCAGAUUUUUACCCAGUGAGGCAUUUUUACCAGCUGCCACAUAUCUGUCAUACAACCAAUCAUUCUCUUUGUUUAGCAGCCGUAUUUUAGUGCAGCAUAUCAUAAACCCACAUAUUAAUGGUAACUUACUCGUAUUCCUUAGUGUAGAGAUCUGCUUAACAGGAAUUAUACAUGGCCUUGGUGCUGGGUGGCCAUUUGUGCCCAGUGUCCUUUUGUCCCAAGCUGUCCAGGUGUCUGACAGGCUCCUCAUGUCCCACCCCUGUGCAGACCAGCAGAGCAGAGGCUGAUAGAACAACUCCUGUAGCUCACACUAGGACCUGUGUAACUCAACCUUCCCAUCAGCACAGCACGGAGACAUCUAAUUCUGCAAAGUAGAAGGAACAGAUGACUGCACAAGCAGCUACAUGCAUAAUUUUAUUGUAAAACAGGUGGAAAUUUCGAAACAGCAUUUUUAAUUAGGUCAGAUGUUUCUAAUGGCUUUAUAAAGUAGAGAUCAGCAGAAUUAAAGAAGCUUUUUCUCUUUUUUCACAGAAGCUUUAAAGUUCAGGGCAUAUUUUCUGUUCUGCUAUUCUUCUUUUAAAUUAUGAGUUAAGAUUAGAGCCUGAAAAAUGCAAUAGUAUUCAUAACACAAGUAAAUGCUAGUUAUUUAAACAAUUAGUUAUCAAGUGAAAGGUUUGAGCCUUUCUUUUAAAUAUUGGCAUGUACAAUGUGCAAUAAAACAUGCGUGACAUUUUGUGAGUUUAUUUAUAAUACACUUUUGUGUGGAAGACAGGAUUGGUGCAGACUGCAUAGACAAUGUAGGGCUUAAAAUAGGUCUGUGUUGUUAAUUUGCAGUUUCAGAGUGUACACUACAGUUGUCAAUUUGGGAAGAGUACUUUGAAUUAAAAAAAGAAAAAAAAUCCUUCAUUUGGGGGUCUGUAUAUAAAUUGGUAUUACGGUAAUAAAACUGUUCUAAUUCUGUGCUGUUUGGUACUGCUAUGUUAUAACCAUAUUUUUGUACUCCAAACUAUUUUAUAUAACUCGUGUGCCUGAUGUAAAUGCGUGCACAGAAAAUACAAUCAAGGGCCACAUUAUAAACCCUCAGUGUAACUGAUUGCACUUAGUCUUUUAUAAGCCAGAAGCAUUAGCUGAAAUCCUUGAGAGGAGGGAUGCUUUUCCAGAGGGAAGGAACUGCUCACGUGAAGGGUUUGUGGGAUGUGACUGUGACUUGUCGACGCGAGGGCAGCGGAGGAAGCGCGUUAUGUUUUUGCAGUCUGGACAGAGUAAGACCCUGGCUACCUGAUGUGCAGUGCUGGCAGUCCAAGCAUAAAUAAAAGAAAGAGAAAGAAAAGUUCAGAGUCUCCUUCCUCUCCUGGUGGUGAUGUGAUGUAGCACUCAUGGCUGUGAAGGCUCCUCUGGGUAGUUCAAUGUUUGAACAGAGUUUACUGCAAUAGCUGUUCAAGUGCUAAUGGUUAUCAGUCUGAAAAAUACAGCUGGUUUGGGUUACACCACACUCUACUUUGGGAUUAAAUGGUUUUUCUAUGAUUUGGGUACAAAACAAUUGUUUUAACAGGCUGCUUCAAUGUUGCUGUUAAAAGUCCAUACAUGUGACCUUGACAGGUGGGAGAAGUCAAAGGAUGCAUUUCCCAAACUGACAAAAAGCUGCCUCUUCCUCAUAAUUGUAGUUCAAACCCUUCUUCUUAAUAAAUGAGUCAGGUUAAUAAUUUAAUGAAAUUUAAGUAAUUUUACAUGUAUUGUAAUGAUAGAUGCUUGCAAAGGAAAUUUUAGAAUCGAUUUGUGAUGCAAAAUUAUGGUACUUGAAUUAUUCCAUUGCCUUAAGAAGACAGCACAUAAUAAUGACAAUGUGGCAUUUAAAACUCCUAAAUCCUGUAUUAGAGUUUCUGCUUGGGGAAGAUUGGACAGUUAAAUUGUUCCCUCACAUAAAACUGUUCACUUUCUUGGAAACCUUACAGUAAGAACCACAGGGAGAAAAUGUUGAAAAUUAAUUUAAAAAGUAAGGAAAACAAAUGUUUGAAAUCUGAUGUAAUUCUGUAGUUGCUUGCAGGUAAGAAAUGGGAGAGUUUGGAUUAAGAACAUCUGGAUAUUUGGCCCAUGAAACGAAGGUAUUUGUCCCAUCCCAGCCAGCUCCAGCACACAUCCCUUCUAUUUCUUUGAUCUUUCCAGCAAGUCAUAGUAGCCAUACCUGCAAAAGACUGCAAGAGGGACAAACGCUUCACCUUGGUUUCCCUUCUGUUUCUGGACUUCUUCAAUUUCUACCUUGCACAUUAGCUGGUACUUUGUGACAAUUAUCUUUUGAGUCUUAAAUGCUUCUCAAUGUACAGAGCAAGUUUUGCUGAACAUGAGUUACUAGAUAUGACUAGGAGAGCCAUGGUAUCCUGAUGUUUAAAUUUAAGUGUCUUGGAUGUUGAAAAUAAAAAUGCAAGGUCACCUAA